AGUGAAAUGGACGUGAGGUUUUACCCGCCUCCAGCCCAGCCCGCCGCUGCGCCCGACGCACCCUGUCUGGGACCCUCUCCCUGCCUGGACCCCUACUAUUGCAACAAGUUUGACGGUGAGAACAUGUAUAUGAGCAUGACAGAGCCCAGCCAGGACUAUGUGCCAGCCAGCCAGUCCUACGCUGGGCCAAGCCUGGAGAGUGAAGACUUCAACAUCCCGCCCAUCACUCCUCCCUCCCUCCCUGACCACUCGCUGGUGCACCUGAACGAAGUUGAGUCUGGCUACCACUCUCUGUGCCACCCCAUGAACCACAAUGGCCUGCUCCCAUUUCACCCACAAAACAUAGACCUACCUGAAAUCACCGUCUCCAACAUGCUGGGACAGGAGGGAACCCUGCUCUCUAACUCCAUUUCUGUGAUGCAAGAUAUCCGGAACCCCGAGGGAAGCCAAUACAGUGCUCACCCUCAGAUGACAGCGAUGAGACCUCGAGGCCAGCCUGCCGAUGUCAGACAGCAGCCUGGGGUGAUGCCACAUGGGCAGCUGACCACCAUUAACCAGUCUCAGCUUAGUGCCCAGCUUGGCUUGAACAUGGGAGGAAGCAACGUGCCCCACAACUCACCUUCUCCACCUGGAAGCAAGUCUGCAACCCCUUCGCCAUCCAGCUCAGUGCAUGAAGAUGAAGGAGAUGAGAGCUCGAAGAUCAAUGGCGGAGAGAAGCGGCCUGCCUCUGACAUGGGUAAGAAACCUAAAACCCCCAAGAAAAAGAAGAAGAAGGACCCGAACGAGCCCCAGAAGCCUGUGUCUGCCUACGCACUGUUCUUUCGGGACACCCAAGCCGCCAUCAAGGGCCAGAACCCAAAUGCUACCUUUGGUGAAGUCUCGAAAAUUGUAGCUUCCAUGUGGGAUGGCCUAGGAGAAGAGCAGAAGCAGGUCUAUAAAAAGAAAACCGAGGCUGCAAAGAAGGAGUACCUGAAGCAGCUUGCGGCAUACAGAGCCAGCCUGGUAUCCAAGAGCUACAGUGAGCCUGUUGACGUUAAGGCAUCUCAACCUCCUCAGCUGAUCAACUCGAAGCCAUCCAUAUUCCACGGGCCCAGCCAAGCCCACUCAACGCUGUACCUAAGUUCCCACUACCACCAACAACCAGGAAUGAAUCCUCACCUAACUGCCAUGCAUCCAAGUCUCCCCAGGAACAUAGCACCCAAGCCGAAUAACCAAAUGCCAGUGACUGUGUCCAUAGCGAACAUGGCUGUGUCCCCCCCUCCGCCCCUCCAGAUCAGCCCGCCUCUCCACCAGCAUCUCAACAUGCAGCAACACCAGCCGCUCAGCAUGCAGCAGCCACUCGGGAGCCAGCUGCCCAUGCAGGUCCAGCCGGCCUUACAUUCUCCCACCAUGCAACAGGGAUUUACUCUUCAACCCGACUAUCAGACCAUUAUCAACCCUACAUCCACAGCUGCACAAGUUGUCACCCAAGCAAUGGAGUACGUGCGCUCCGGGUGCAGAAAUCCUCCCGCCCAGCCUGUGGACUGGAAUAACGACUACUGCAGUAGUGGGGGCAUGCAGAGGGACAAAGCACUGUACCUUACCUGA